GGUAGGUACACGAUUCAUCCCGUCUCCAGGCGUACCCAACCGGGCGCAGCCUCAUCGCCAAGCAGCUAAUCCUUCACUAUAUGAGCACAAGGCCAAUACCAUUGGAGCCCGGGGGAAGUCAAAUAACAAAAUCUGGGGCCUUUGACGCAUCCGGCACCUUCAUGCUUUCUUCCGAGAAUCUGCCAACAAAGCAUUAGAAGGGGUACGGAGCAAGCCAUCGUUUCUAAUAGCCAUAUUGGUAAAUUAGAUGCGACAAGGCUUUUCUGGAAAUCUGCCUUACCAUACAAUUCUUCUGUGGACGCCAAGUCGCGGCAGUGACGGCACAGGUUGCCCAGAUCCUCAGCCUCAUCGAUCUUCGCUUUGUACAUAAUGAUACCGCUGCAGUCCUUGUCCUUUUGCGCCCCGUUCGAUCCCGAAUGAAAUUGCAGAGCGGGAAAAUUCCGAGGCAUGGUCCUGGCAUGCUUCCUGUGCCCGUUUCGCUUGUAGAUGGCUUGAUUCGGUUGUGAGGUUUUUCUUGGAAGAAGGGAGUUUGGGUAUAAAUAUAUGGCCCAAAUCUGGGGUGCAAGGGCAGUUCUUCCUUUUAUCUUUGUUCAGUCUAUAUAUUACCUCUCAUUCUCCUAAAUUGAACAUAUCUUUUCAUCGUUGACUCAGUGUUGCUUGGCUUCUUCCUUACAAUCAGAUCAGCAUAUCCUAGGCGAACAUAUUCAGUCGCUAUUCAAAAUGAGAUACGCGAUUGCCAAAGCAAACGAGUACCUCGUACUCACAGGUGCGGGCAUUACUGACCUUCGCAUAACCAAGAAGGCUGUCGUCUACCCAUGGCAGCGUUGUACAAGAAUCUCUGUGUCGCCAUUCGACCUGGCUCUCGACCUCCAGGCAAUGACCAUUGAAAAACUGCAGUUCUCAUUGCCUGCCAUAUUCACCAUCGGCCCUGACAAUGAGCCAAAAGCACUCCGGAAAUAUGCGUUGCUGCUUUCUGGGGAAUCCGACGGUCCUUCAGGGCUCAAACUGCAUGAGGGAGGAUCCAAGAAGGGCCAUGUGCAGGACAUCGUGAGGGCUGUCAUUGAGGGUGAAACACGGGCUAUUGUAUCCACGAUGACGAUGGAGGAGGUAUUCAAGGAGAGGCACAAAUUCAAGGUAAAUGUUAUUGAGAACGUGCAAAGCGAGCUGCAACAGUUUGGCUUGAAAAUUUACAACGCAAACGUCAAGGAGCUCCAGGACACCCCUGGCAGUGAAUACUUCACGCUCCUCAGCCGGAAGGCCCAUGAAGGAGCCCUCAAUCAAGCCAAAAUUGAUGUCGCAGAGGCGCGCAUGAAGGGCCAAAUAGGAGAGGCCGAGAAACAAGGACGCACAAAGCAAGAAAUUUCCAAGAUAGAUGCCGAGACAGCAGUACUCGAGACAAAGCGCAAAGCUGAAAAGGCCAAGGCAGACUCGGAGCUCACCAACCGCCAGACAGAGCUUGACAACAGCGUAAAACUGGCUAAGAUAGCCGCCCAGCGCCAGCGGGAUAUGAGAGAUGCAGAGCUGCAAAGACAGGUCGAGGCAAAGCGUGCAGAAAUGGAGCUGGAGCGCCAGAGGGCAAAUGAGGUCAUCAAGAGCAAAGUUGCUCGAGAAGCCAAACAGGAAGUAGCGGACGCCACGUAUUACUCUGAACAGAGAUCAGCAGAUGCCCUGCUGUAUAAAGAGAAGAUGCAAGCGGAUGCACUAUACUACCGUCAGAGCAAAGAGGCAGAUGCAUCUUUCUAUCAGCAGAAGCGCCAGGCUGAGGGAAUGCUGGAAAUGGCAAAGGCCUAUGGUGCCCUCGUCGAUGUCCUGGGAGGACCCCAAGCGUUCUUGCAGUACAAGAUGAUGGAGACAGGCACUUACGAAAAACUGGCCCAGGCAAAUGGCAACGCCAUCAGGGGUCUUCAGCCCAAGAUUACCACAUGGAACACCGGCAAUGGAAGCGGUUCAAGUGGCGUCGCCUCCUCCGUGCACGACAUUAUGCAGAACCUCCCUCCUCUUCUCAGUACAAUCCAUGAGCAGACGGGCAUCGCACCUCCGUCAUGGCUGGCUCAGCUUCCGACAGACACUGAAUCUCCAUCGAAUCACGUCCCUGAGCGCACCGGCAAAGGACGUCUCGUGGCUGGGCAUUGAUAACUGCUCUCUUAUUGAAUGGCUAUAUGGACCCCAAGUAUGGAUGUGGAGAAAUCCCAAGUUGAUAAUAAUAGUUGAUUGCGGCAUUCGUUUGAUGUUUCUUCCUGACUGACUUUCCUUGUGUUGAAUUGAUAUUCUCCUGCAUUUCUGGAAUACGUGAAAUUACUUGACAGUUUCAUAUCUCCUAUACGUUUAUCAGUAUACAAAUUGAUUCUCUUUUGUCUGAAAGUGAAUGGAUGAGAUGGGAUGAGUCUGUAGGAGUACGAAGAUGCCAAGGCACUAAGGCAUCAAUUCUCUUAAGUAACUAGUUAACUAACGUUUUCAACGGGUGAGUGGUCCACACGGACGAGUGGUCCAUUUGUUCCCGCAUAUAGAUAAUAAUUCAAGCUCUUCAACC